AUGGCAUCCCCGACUCGCCUGCCCCAGGGGGCGCUGCCCGCCCCGGUGCAGCGCAGAGGCAGUGCUGGCAGCACCGCGGGGGAGGCUGGGGACGGCGGAGAUGGCAGAGAGGGAGGGGAGGGAGAGGAAGGUGGGGGCGCGGUGAGGUGGCGGGCGCAGGGCAAGCGUGAGCGCAGCCGCAGGAAGGCGCGCGGGGUGGCGAUGGACGACAUCCUCAGGCGCACGCCCAUGCUUGCUGCCCGCGGCCUGGUGGGGCCUGAGGGGUGCUGUGAGGCGCACGAGAGUAGCGCCCGGGAUGGGCAGGCGGUGCUGAGCAGUGCGCAGCCUGCCAGGCAUGACGGCAGCACUGCUGCUGCUGCAGUGGUGGAGCGAGUGAGGGAGGCGCAUGCAGGUGGAGAGGCAGGGAUGCAUGCAGGUGGAGAUGCAGGGAUGCAUGCAGCAGCGCAAGACAGUGAGACAGCACUUUGGGCAUUGGGAGUUGCAGGCGCUGCGGGUGGAGGCGGACAAGGAGGAGGUGUCCCCUUUGUGCCACACGAUGGCUCGUCCAGUGAGGUGCAUGCAGGUGGUGCGGUGGAGCACGAGCCCCUCAUCACCUACUCACUCAAGCGCCACCGCAAAUCCCUCAACAAGGAGCACAACUGA